GUGUCCUUUCGGCUUCCGUCAACGUCGCUAUGCGCUUGACGUCAGCAUAACAACAACCUGUCAUGACAGCUCGUAUGGGAAAAAUAUUUAUAAAGAUAUAAAACCAUAUACAAUCUGUUUCACCUGGAUGUAAGAUUACUUCUUAAGGAGAGGCGUGGAAACCGCGAAUCUCAGUGUGUGAGAUCCAGGAGGGACAGGGCAUUCUAGCACCUGUCAGCUAGCCAGCCGAAGAGACGGGGAACAGGAUAGGGAAGCAGGGCGAGGCGGGCCCCGCGGAGCCGGUGGAGAAGAUGGCCGGCAGCCCGGAGAAGAGUUCCACCGCACAGGAGCUGAAGGAGCAGGGGAACCGCCUGUUCCUCUGCCGCAAGUACCAGGAGGCUGCUACAUGUUACAGUAAAGCUAUUAACCGUAAUCCAUCAGUGGCGGUGUACUACACCAACAGGGCUCUCUGUCAUGUGAAGCUGCAGCAGCAUGACAAGGCUCUGGCAGAUUGUAAGCAUGCACUGGAGUUGGACAGCCAGUCAGUCAAGGCCCACUUCUUCCUGGGGCAGUGUCACCUGGAGCUGGAGAACUAUGAUGAGGCCAUCGGCAACCUGCAGAAAGCUUAUAACCUGGCAAAAGAACAAAGACUGAAUUUUGGAGAUGACAUCCCGAGCGCCUUGCGCAUCGCAAAGAAGAAACGAUGGAAUAGCAUUGAGGAGAAACGCAUCAACCAGGAGAACGAGUUGCAUGCCUAUCUGACUAAACUCAUCCUGGCUGAGAAGGAAAGCGAACUUGAAGAAUACAAAGAGAAACAGGACGACAAUCAAAAUGGAGGCGACGCUGCCAAGAUUGCAUCAAAACAUGACAAGUAUCUAAUGGACAUGGAAGAGCUCUUCUCUCAAGUAGAUGAGAAAAGAAAAAAGCGGGAGAUCCCAGAUUACCUGUGUGGUAAGAUUAGCUUUGAGCUGAUGAGGGAGCCCUGCAUCACACCCAGUGGGAUCACCUAUGAUCGCAAGGACAUCGAAGAGCACCUACAGCGAGUGGGCCAUUUUGACCCGGUCACCAGGAGUACCCUGACCCAGGACCAGCUGAUCCCAAACCUGGCCAUGAAGGAAGUGAUCGAUGCCUUUAUCCAGGAGAACGGCUGGGUGGAGGACUACUAAAGGGACCAUCCCCACCUCCCACCUCCCAUCUCUCCAUCAUACCCAAACUCAAGCCUGGACAACACAAGACUGUAGAGAACAGAUCACCCCUUGCCUGGAGAUGUACUUUAUACAAGCGGUAAAAGCCACACAAUGGACUACCAAAUGAGAGCUAUGUAUCUCAUUCUGCCUCUUCCUCCCCACAUGUUAUCUUUGCUGUAAAACUCCCCGCUCCUACCUUCUGAGGCUCGGUGUUCAUGGCCUGCUGCUCCCUUCAAAAAACCUCUUCAUUCAGCUCUUUCUAUACUUUCUCUCUCACUUCUCCUUCCUUUCUUUCAUGCUGUAUCAAGUCUCUCAAGCCUGACUCCCUUCUUUAAAUUAGGGGCCACGUUCUCAGGUCUGUCUUGCUCCCUCCCUACUCUGCCUCCCUUUCUCUGAGGGCCACAAUCCUUGGAUAGCAUCAGCAUUGCACUCCAGUGUUUCACAGAAACCACCAAUAUUAAAGAAAGACAUCUUACACAUGGUAAUUGAAUACAUAAAUAUGUUGUCCUUUUACUUGGCGUUUACUCCAGUAUUUCUUGGUAAUUUUUGUAUGAAACAUUGAAGCGUUUGCCCACUUCGUAAUCACAUGAAGUGGUAACUAAAAUGCCAAAAAACAACAACUUCUCAACGAGAAUGACUAGUUUGUGUGCAAGUUUUACAUAAUACUGUCUCUUUGCCACCUCCAGGUGGCGCUCCUCACAUACCCACCCAUACUCUAAUAUUUUUAGAAAAUAUAUAUUUUGUUCUUUGCAUAUCAAUCACACCCCCAUUACAGAAAAUUUAAAUAUGUUGAAUGUAUGCAUAGUACUCUUAGGUUUAGACCUGACCUACAGUAAUUCAUAAAUGUUUUUUCUUUCAAGAUAAUACUAGGUUUUUAUGUAAAGCGGCCUUGAACGGGAUGCAGAAAAUCAAUAGAAAUGAAAAUACGUUUUUCACAUAGCUGGAUAGUAAUUGAAAAUGUUUGAAUAUUGUUAGCUGACAAGAGUUGUUCAGGUUGAUGCUCGAAAUCUGCUUUGGAGAAUGGUCUGUGCUGUCUGUGUCGUUCAUAGAAACAAAAAAAUGUGCUUGGACGUUGUGUUUGGCUCGUGCUGUUUGCCAUGAAUGAUAGUGGACGCUCGCAUCAAGCAUGCGGUGAAUUUUCUUUUCCUAUGCAAAGGCAAGAGGACGAUAAUUAUUGUUUUCUCCUUUUUUAUGCUGUUAAUUUUGUGCACUGCCCCCUUACCAUGUCACAGGUUGCAGUUUGCAGCAGCUUAUGUAAACCAAUCAUCAGUGUGAGACUAAGUUUAAGUCGUGUCUUGUUGCAGGGCUUUGAGGUUCGCUAGCAUUGCUGUACCAACCUCCUCUUGUGUGACAAAUGCUGGAAGAGUUAUGACCAUUUUAUCGCAUCCAUACCGCAGUCCAAAUUUGUAGGUGCUGGUUCACUGGCCUUCUCUGUAAGACACAUUUUCAUUUUAGCAUUAGUUUACAGGUUUUCCAGCCGAGUGCGUGUCUGUGGUGAGUUAGGCCUGUCGGUGGUUCAUGUCUGUGUGCAGGCAGUGUAAAUAAUGUGCUUGUGUGUCAGAUUUUAUUUCUUGACAAAAUAGGGUCCUUUUUUUUUUCUUCCUUUUUCUUGAGAAACUGUAUUAAAUGUAGAUAUGUUGAUAACAUUAAUGCCUGCUUCAGUUUUCAUUUGUCCCCAUUAAACCGUGAACUUUGA